AUGGUCGUUAGAUUGUCGCAAUGGGCACACCGGAAAAACAAAACAUUCCCUUUCCUCAAUACAAACACUGGCAGGAGACCCCUAAGGCUGUAUGACCGCAAGGACACGGAGAAAGGUGUCGUCCUCGGCAUAUUGUUCAUCUGGAUGGGCCCCUCAAGCGUAUCCAUGCUACGGCGGGUCUUGCACACUGCGACAACAAUGAUCAUGAUGCGCAUGGUUAUUAAGGCUCAUGGAAUACGCCCAGAAAUUUGA